UCGCUACGGUCGACUUCCGGUGACAACUUCCGGAAGGGACGUUCCCCGUGUCAUCUGCAACACCUGAGAAUAAAAAUGUUCAGAAAGUUGCUAAAUAGAAAAGACGAAAAGGGGCAGGUUGUUGAUAAUGCUGAUACUAACAAGAGCAACUCUUCCAAGUCCUCUCCUGUAAAACAAGGACAGAAUGAUGCAGAAGAAGAGGCACAGGGAUUUCUAUGUCCUAUGUGUAUGAAAUCCAUGCCAUCUGCUGAAGCUCUGCAGAAUCAUUUUGAUGCCGAACAUGACGAAAACAAGCCUCAGGGAGAAGGAUUUCUAUGUCCUAUGUGUAAGAAGUCCUAUAACACACCAGAGGAACUACAAUCUCAUUUUGAAACACAUGACAUGGAGGCUAAUAAUAUAUCAGAAAAUAGAGAUGGAGAUGUUUUUGCCCUCAGACAAGAAGUAGAAAACCUAAAGUUCUCGUUAAGAGACAGUCAAAAAUACACAGAGCAGCUAAAAAUAGAACUUCAGAAAGGAAGAUCUGGUAGUGGAAGUGGUAAAAUACCUUUAACAGAAGAUGAAAAAUCUGAGUUAGAGAUGAUGCAGAUGCAGUUGAAAGGCUCUGAAGAAAGUAGGACUAUUUUAAUGAAUGAGUGUCACCAUUUGAGAGCUAAAGUAGAGGAAUUGUCAGCAAAACAAGAAUUAAUGACAGAAGAAGGCAGUAGAUUGUCAACUAAAUCUGGUCAAAUGGCAAGUGAAUUAGUGACAGUUAAAGCCAAAUGUGAUGAAUUAGAAGGACAAAAGGGGGCAUUAGAAGAUCACAUACACACAUUGAAGGGACAGAUAGAGUCAAAAGAAACAUUCAUACAUAAUUUAGAGGCACAACUAUCACAAAGACCAGGAGCAGAGGAUGUGAUGGUUCUGAAGCAGGAACUUAUAUCAGUUCAAACUUUGAUGGAUAAUUUAUCACUGGAGAAAGAGAAGGAGAAAGAUGCUAUUGAGAAACUUUAUAACGAACUCAAAACUAAAAACACCGUUACAGAAGAAAAACUCAAGCAGUUAGAAGCUCAGAUAUCAGAGUCCCCAAAAGUGGAAGAAGUACAGAGAUUACAGUCUUCCUUUGAAGAAAAGGCAAAUUCAUUCACACAACUUCAAACAGAUUUAAAACAAACACAGGAAGAACUUAAUAAACUCAAGGCACAGCAUGAAAAGAUUUCAUAUGAGAAAGACAAUGUAGAAAAAGAACUGAAAUCAAAGUCAGAGGAGUCUGGCAAACUUCAGAAUAACCUUGAUAAAAGAGUUUUAGAGAUUGAGAACUUACAGAAAGAGGUCAAGGCCAAAACAGAUCAGUUCACAGAACUACAGUCAAAUAUUAUGAAGGGCCAAGAAAGUUCAUCUAUUGUACAGAAGCAGUUAACAGUUAGAGUUGAAGAAAUUGCUCAGUUAAAAGUUGAUGUGACGAAAAGAGAUAAUGAAAUAGUGCAACUUACACAACUAGCUGAAACUCGAGCAAAUCAAAUCUCAAACUUAGAGGAAGAUUUAGAUGUGAAAGAAAAGGACAUUAUUGAAUUAAAAUCUGAGAUAGACAGCACUAGUGUGGAAGUUAAAAAGUUGCAAAAACAAAUGGAAGACAGAAGUUCACAAUUUGGAAACGUGAAUUCUGAAUUACAGAAGAAGGAACAAGAAAUUGAGUCUGUAAAAGAUGAACUUAAGAUAAAAGUAGAGAAAAUAAGUGAGAUACAAACUGAAUUAGACAACUCGUUAUCUGAAGUCACAAAUUUAAAACAAAGCAUUGAAGAAAAAGAUAAAGAAAUUAUUGAAAUGAAGUCAGAAGUUGAAACAGUACAAAAAAGAGUUGAAGAGAAGGACAGUUUUAUAGAAGAAAUUGAGAAACAACUUGGUGGAUCUAAAUCAGAGUCAGUGGCUUUGUUACAUCAGAAAGAAAAACAGUAUAAUGAACUUAAACUGGAACUGGAAAAAGUUCAGUCAAACAAUGAUACAAAAAUAUCCCAGAUUGAAGAUCUUCAGAAGCAGCUCACAGAUUUGCAACAACAUUAUCAAACAGAGUGCAGCUCCAGUGAAGAGUUAAGAUCUGCAAUUUUAGAAAAAGAAAAUUUACUGGAAGAAGAAACAAGAAAAAUACAAUCAAGAGAUGAGAGAAUUUCUAGUUUAGAAGAACAGAUGUCCUCAGUGAAAGAGGAGGCAACAAGAAUGGAGACUGAAAGGACAAAUUUAUUAGCAAAGAUAGAGGCUGGGGAAGGUAUUGAAACAGCAAUUAACCAACUUAAUCAAGAAAAGACAAUAUUGCAAGAAAAGAUUUCCCAGUUAGAAAGUUCAGCCACUGUACAAGAAAAAGAAUCAUCUGAAAAGCAGGAAAAACUCCAUAAGCAGCUUCAAGAGGUUAAAGGACAUCUGAAAAAUUCUCAAGACAAGGUGGAGAAAUUAAAGGGAUCUUUGUCUGAGAAGGCAGAGAAAAUAACACAGCUACAGCAAAAAUCUGCCCAGUUAGAGGUGGAUGUUCAGUCAAAAACCGAAUUACUUCUGGCAGCAGAAUCAGCUAAGACUAGCCAAAGGGCAGAUUUAGAAAAUCAUAUCAAAACAGCUCAGAAUAUGGUAGAGGAGAAAACUAAUGAGUUGUCCAAAAUGAAACAACAAUGGCAGCAGACUUUAUCUGACCUUACAACUAAAAAAGAGAAGAUAACAUCAUUGGAAGGAACUAUCAAAGAACAUCAAGACAAGAUAACACAACUUACACAACAAAAUACAGCUUCAGAACGACAAGUAACAGAAAAGAAUAAUAGAAUUGAAAAGACAGAAAAUGAGCUGAAGGAGACAAAAACUACACUAACUACAACAAAGAAAACGUUAGAGGAGAUAAAACAGAAAUUAGGACAGACAGAACAAGAAUCAGAAACAACAAAAAAGAAUCUAACUACAGAAAUAAGUAAGCUGAAUGCAGUGGUAGAGAAAAAAGCCAAAGAAAACAAAAAACUGAUAGAACAAAAUGAAUCAUUGGUGACUGAAGGCAAAAAGAAAGAGAUACAGAUUAGUGAGUUAUCACAGGAAGUAGUCAAUACAAAGAAAUCACUGUCAGAUACCAAAGUGGCACUUGAUACCAAAGCUUCAGAAUUUAAUCAGGCUCAAGCAGCUCACCAACAGGAAGUAACAUCAUUGAAGAAAGAAACGGAAUCUUAUCAACAAAAGUCAUCAUCAACAGAACAACAACUGAACAAUCAGCUAAAGGAUGUCAUGGAACAAAAACAAAAUAUUACAGUCGAAAAGGAAAAGCUACUAACAUUGUCAACAGAAUUGCAGAAUAAAUUAACUGAGAGGGAAGAGGAACUCAAAUCAACUGUACAGAGAUUACAGACUGAAAAGUCAGAGGCAAAUGAUUCUUUUGAGAGAAAUAAAAAAGAAUUAAAUGACAAGAUAACAUCCCUGACUUCCCAGAUAGAUGAUCUUAACACACAGUUACAGAAUGAAAAGGAUUCUUUGACUGCUACAGUGGGCUCAGAGAAUACAAUGAAAUCUCAAAUUGCAGAGUUAAUUACAGAAAGAUCAACUGCAGAAAAACGUGUUGAAGAUUUAAAAUCACAACUGUCAGAUACUACAGAGAAAUUAGAAGUUCAGAAAGAGCAGAUAACUCUUAAAGAACAACAACUACAAGGAAUGAUACAAGAGAAAGUUGAUGAGAUAGAUAAUCUUCAACAACAAAAUAAGGCAUUGACAGAAAAGUUUGAAUCCAUAGAAACAAACUUACAAACAGAAUCAGCAUCAGUUACAGAAUUGAAAGACAAAUGUACAACUUUGGAAUCGGAACUGAAAAGGGCAAAGGAAAGAGAAACUGAGCUAAAUAACUCAUUUGAUGAGCUUAGUGAAGUAAGAAAUGCUAUGAAUACACAGAUGGUUGAACUAGACAAAGAAUUAGCAGAAAAUAAAUCAAAGAAAGAAGAGUUACAACUGUACAAGGAUAGUUUGGAUGCCCAAUUCCAAGAGUUAGAGAAAACAUAUAAUGAAACCAAAGCAGAAAAUGAGUCCUAUGAAAAGGAAAUUGGUCAGCUAAAAUCAUCACUAGAAACUGAGAAAGAGGAAAGAAAGAAGGAAGUAACAGAACUACUUGAAGCAAAAGAGAUACUGAUCAGUCAGAAACUUGAGGUUACAAAUAAGCUUGAAGGAAUGGAGAGCAUUAUUAAUAAAACAAAAGAUGAAAAAGAGGAAGCAGAGAUUAAAUUUACAGAUCUCCAGAAAAGUUUAAGAGAGGAAAAUUCUUUGCUUCAAACUAAGCUGUCAGAUCUAGAAAAGUCCAAAGCUGAAAUACAAAGAAACUUAGACGAAGAACAAGCUAAAUUUGAACUACAAACAACCGUCCUGAAUGAAAACUUGACCACUAUAAGAGGUGACAUGGUCACUGCUCAGCAGCAAGUAGAGGAACUCAGUAAAUCCAAUGAUGAACUCAGGGGAGAAAAACUAGCCUUAGAAGCCAAGCUUGAAAAUAACAAUGAUGAAAGACGAUUGCUAUUAGAAAGGUGCCUUACAAGUGAGGGUGAAUGUGAAAGUUUACGAGAAAAGUCAGUAGCAUUACGUAGAAAAUUAGAUGAUACACAGUCAGCACUACAAGAACUUGGAAGAGAAAAUCAGUCUUUGCAGAUAACUACCACAAAAGUACAGAGUAGAAAAUGGGCAGAUGACAGUGAAUGUAAGGAGUGCAUGGCUUGUUCUAAAAAUUUCUCUGUUACUAUCAGGAAGCAUCACUGUCGAAAUUGUGGACUUAUAUUUUGUAACGAAUGUUCAUCUAGGGAAAAUAAAGUGCCAUCAUCGAAGAAACCUGUUCGUGUCUGUGACAAUUGUUUUGCUGAAUUAAAUAAAAGAUGAUUAAUUUUUUUUUAAUUAUAUCCUAAAUAUUUAUAUUAUCAAAUUAUACACUCAGGUUGUGCCACUGCUUAUUGUAGAACAAAAUUAUAAAUAUUUUUAGUAUACAUGUAAAUAUAACAGUAUUGUAGAUAGUAUAUUCAAUUUAAAAGCAUCUUUAAACCUGACAAAGGAUUAGACUAUAACCUGUGAUAUUUAGUGAUGGGAUGAACCCAGAAGGACUUUAAUUCAAUGGAUAGAAAUUUGUGUGCAUUUUUUUUUAUAUAUACAUGUAUAUAUAUCUCCAAGGCUUAUUGUUCAUUGGAUGAAAGAAAUGAUGGUACAUCAUAUUGGUGCUAUAAAGUAGUCUAGAAAUACUUCUUAUAUGGAGAUCAAUGAUAACAGACAUAUAUUUAUGGAAAAAUAAAAGAAUCAUUUCUCGAAAAUUUUGUUUGUAAUCGGACUAUUUCUCCCAAUCUAAGUUUUUUUUUGUAGGUUAAUUCAGUUCAUGUAUGUAGACAGGAGUGCCUACCAGACAUUAUAUUGUAUUCAUGUUGUUAUACUAUGUAAUUUUAACUUGUAUUUUUUCACAGCAUCACUGUAGACAGUGUGGCAAUAUAUUUUGUAAUGACUGUUCCUCUAAAGAGGCUCUAUUAGCUAACUCAAAGAAACUUCAAAGAGUUUGUGAACACUGCUAUAAAGAUCUAACAAAGAAAAAAUAACAUGUGAGGAUAUUUUCCACCAUUUUGUCCCAGUACAUUGCAGACAUAUGCUUUAUUUGCUUCUGAUAACUAUGCAUGGCCAAAGAUCAUCCUUUUCACUUGUUUGCACAUAGCUAUUGAUAUUGUAUGAUCAUUUUAAUAAUAGAGGUGCUUUUAUGGAAUUUUUUAUUAAUAUGAUUUUUUUUGUUUUUUUAAUUCAAUUUUAAUACCAAAUUUAAGUAUGGAUGAUUGAGAACUUUUAAAUAUUUUUAUAUAGAUCUUCAGCUUGUUUUAUAAUAAUGGCUCAAUUGGUGUUUUUUUAGAAAGUGAAGAUUAACAGUUAAUAAACAUUUUAUUGUAAUUUUUAUUAAGAUAUAUGCAAAUCCAUUUUCACUUCACAUACUUGUCAUGCCAGUCAUAAACACCGUCCUCAUGAAUGAAUUUCUAAGACCUGCCCUGCACAAAAUCCAAUAUUUUAAUACAUAUUUAAAGAAUGACAAGUCUUACCCUGAUAUUUGUAAAUAUAUAUUCAUUUAUUUUAAUAUUACAGUAAAAAAAAUUGAAAUGAACUUUUCCUCUUGGUUAAUUUAUUAGAAUAAAAUUUUGUUGAUUUAAAUUAUUAAACAGAAUGUACAGAGCUUUUAGAGGAUUGAUGAAUCAUAAUUUCCUUUAAAUUUGUAUACUUGUGAAAAGACUUAAUAUGUGCAGAUUUAAGUCAAUUUUUCAAUUUGGAGCCAAUUGGAGGUCAUAUCUCAGGGAAUAUUAGUUUUAUAGCUAGCUGUGUUAUCCUCUUUUU